AUGGACAGCAACCCCUAUUUCUCAGAUGGGUCCAAGCAGGCGUUUGCGACAGCGGCUGGGCUGGGGACAGCUCACAACAGCAAGAUGACAGUGCUACUUGUGGACAAGGCGCAGCCAGGCGGCGAUGCCUCCACUCGCAUUGAGACGGCGCUCUGGCACCUAAAGGAGAAUGGCUUUGACACGGGCAACGCAGCCUUCCAGGAGGUGUCACUCGCGGCAGAGGAGACACACAACUCCUCUGUAGUUGUAGGGAACGCCGUGGACCAGGUGGAGGCCGACCUGGUUCUGCUGAGCACAGAGGCAGUCCACUCCAAAGCUGUUGAUGCCAACCUGCUUGCCGAGUUUGUUGACUGCCCAGUGCUUCUGCUCCCAUAGGGCGCCCCAGCGCGAGCCCAAUUGGAGAUUGAUAAAUGCAUACACCAGCUAGCCAGCUAGACAGAGCAAUAGCAUCACAAAUGAGCACACCUGCUGUGCCGUGCACAAGGGAGGGAUGAGUUUGAGUGCAGCGAUGAGCGAGCGCCGAUGCAAUGUGCUUCCAGCAUGAAAGGAUCAGAUCCUGCAGAGCUGCGAUAUAGGAUGGUCCUCAUCCUCGGAAGAGACUUGGGUUUGUAAGAGUUUGAUGAACAGUCAAGACUCCUUGACCUCGAGGGUUCACAGUGAGGAGCAGUGAUCUGUCAACCUUGCAGAUUUCCACUUGUUGCAGUAGAUGAAAGGCAUGUAAACGUGUGACGGGG